GAGAAUGGCAUGUGUUGAAGAACAUUGUUUGGCUGUUUGGCUGGAGCCUUGCUAUUGUGUGCAGGGUUUUUGUUUGCCUAAAGUAUAAGACCAUGGCUGGGCACGACGAGGACGACCACAGCGAGCUAGUCUCCUUCCGAUACUCUUAACGACCUAGACAUACCCAACAUACCCAUAUUUUUACAUACCCCACGACUAUCGUCAUGUCCCGCCCACGAUCCUCGACAGUUUCCUCGUUCACCGCCAGUAUUACCACCUGGGCAUCGGCGGUGCACCCAGGCACACCAGCGCCUCUCUCACCGCGGAGCGCCAGCUCGGGAGCAUUCCCCGACACGCCCGCAACGUCCAAAUCGGUAUAUACCCCGACGUCUGCCCACUACGCCAAAUUCGAUUUGACGAAUCUCGGAUAUACAUCUGUGUUCGUGCACCUGCCCAAGACGCCUACUACGCCACCCUAUCUUAACAAUAAGCCUCAGUUUUCUAAUCACGCCCCUAACAAUAAGAAAGACAAUAAGCCCGAUAAUCACAAUUACCCCUCCUCCCAUAAAGACGAACUCGAUAAUGUUUCCUCUCACCAGGCGAAGAAAAAUCCCUUCUCGCUCCUCUCUCGUUCUCGUGCACGUUCAAGAUCCAUGUCUGUCCCGGCAAAGUCGAAGAAGCACGCGCAGCAGCUGCCCCCGACGCUCAUGAAUGAGCUCAUGCUCAUGCAGUUCACGAGUGGUGGGAAGAUGAGCACGCAUAUCACCCGUGUUAUGGAUGCCCAGACCAAGCAGCAGGGCAACCUUCCCGUCGGUACUCGCGCCGACGUCUACCGUGACGGUACCGGCCGCGUUUGGUGGGACCGCGACGAGCAGAUGGAGUACCAAUGGCUCCUCCAGAAGGACGACCCCGAUUCCUCUGACUCCUCUGACUCUGAAGGAGAAGAGGCGCCCUCUCAGUGGGUCAAAUUCCGGACCGAGUCUCUUGAUGCUCAGAAAGUCAAACUCGCACCGAUGACUCUCCAGCCCAUCCUCACUGCCGAUGGCAAGAAGAAGCGUCCUACACCGCUUAACCUCGCCAGGAAGGAGUUCCUUGAGCAGUCUUUCGUACCGCCGAGCGUACCUCUCCCUCCCAUCCCCGUAUCGGCUCCUCGUUCCAUCCCAUCUACCCACGCCCACGCGCACACCCCGAAAAAGUCAAAGAUGAGCGUCAGGGGAUUCUUCCAUAGGUCAUAGAUUCUUGCGCUGGUCGUUGUACUAUAUGCAUGCACCGACCGUAUGCAUAUCCGCUCUUUCAACCUAUUUGUAUUCUUAUUCCGCUGCGCUACCUCUCGUUUGUCGCCGCCGCCUUUUGUAGUAGUUCAACACAACUGUAGCUUUAUAUCUAUCUAAUGCUUACCGUCUUCCUGGACGUGUACCUAUGUUUAUGCAUGUACGUACAAAGUAGCUAGGGAGAAUACUUGAAUGCAAUAUAUAUGUCUUGGUUAGAAAUGCAUAUCGCUUUACGCAUCGG